CUGGACUCGGGGGGGGGGGGGAAGGCGGGGAGGCCGAUUAUCCAAUCCCAGCCGCUCUCCAUCCCGCCCCCCCCCCUCCUCACCCCCGCUCGCCCAAGGCCUGGGACUUUCUGGACCUAAGGGGCCCCUAGGGGCUCCGGGACGCCUGGGUCAUCCCUCCAAGGGGCCGACGCGCCCUUGAACGCGCUCUGGAACUCCGGUGCGGCGCUGGCCUGGGAGGCCAUGAGUCGGGGGGCGCUUCUGGUCCUGGCCUUACUGCUGUAUUUGGGCUACUUGCUGCUGGGAGCCCUCGUGGUAUCGGCUAUCGAGCGGCCUCACGAGAGCCGCCUGCGGGCGCAGCUGAGGGCGCUGAAGGGGGAACUGCUAGAGCGCAGCCCGUGCCUGGACGACCCGACGCUAGAGAGCUUCCUGAAGAGCGUGCUGGAGGCCGGGCGCCACGGGGUGUCGGCGCUGCACAACGCCUCGGCGCCCAGCAGCUGGGACUUCGCCUCGGCGCUCUUCUUCUCCAGCACCCUCAUCAGCACCGUAGGUUAUGGCUACACUACACCUCUGUCGGAUUCAGGAAAGGCCUUCUCCAUCUUCUACGCCUUGUUAGGGGUGCCAUUUACCAUGCUGGUGCUGACAGCCACGGCCCAGCGAGUGGCCUUGCUGGUGACCCAUGCCCCACUUCACUGGGCGCAGUUCCACCGGGGCUGGGACCCAAGACUGCUGGCCCGUGGACACCUGGUACUGCUGCUGCUGGGGGUGCUAGCCAUCUUCUUCCUGGUGCCGGCUGCCAUUUUUACCUACCUGGAGCAGGACUGGACUUUCCUUGAUGCUUUUUACUUCUGCUUCAUCUCCCUUUCUACCAUUGGCCUGGGGGACUAUGUGCCUGGUGAACAGGAGGGUCAGAAGAACAGGGCCCUUUACAAGGUGCUGGUCACAGUGUACCUGUUCCUGGGGCUGGUGGCCAUGGUCCUAGUUCUCCAGACCUUCCGGCGAGUGGCUGACCUCCAUGGCUUGACAGAGCUUGUCCUGCUUCCCCAGGAGUACCAGGCUGAGGAGGAUGAUGAGCGCACAGAUAUCCUGGACUCCAGGGUUCAGCCCACUCACCAGCAGCUCAAUUCAGGCACCCACUCAGACUAUGCUGCCAUUCCCCGGUAGUCCCUCUUGCCCAGGCCCUGCCUGGGGGGCUGGGUAUAGGUCCGAUGCAGGACUGAGCCUGGUUUUAUCUUUGUUAUGACUGUCCCCUGUGUCUAAUCGAUAAGCCCUAAUGGCCAUUGGCAUGGGAUAAUAUUACAAGUGUUCUUUUUGUGCACUUCAAAAGAGUCCUCCAUCUGUUUGAUACCAGCUGUGCCCAAGUGUCCUUGGGGGGAAAUGGGGUGUGGAAGGAGAGAGUAUAGGAUGGGGAGGAAGUCAGAGCUUUGGAAUGUGGUGUGUGUCCCUGGUUGGGCUCCAGUUCCCCAGACUCACUCACUAGAGUCCUCCAAACUCCAGAGGAUGGUGGGGACUUCUUGGGGUCAGGAAGAGAGAAAUGCCCAUCCAUACAGAGACUUGGGCACCAGGAAGAGGAAGGAUGAUCAAACAGGGAAGAGAGGGGUUAGGACUUCUGAGUUCCGAUCUUAUCCAAGCAAAUUAGCUGCAAAAGUCCCUUUCUCUGGGCUUCAGUUUCCCCCUCUUUACAAUGAAAUGUAACCAGGUGGUCUCUAAGGGUCCUUUCAGCCUUGUGGAGGGUACAUUUUCUAUUAGGGUCCCUUUCUCCUGGCAGCCAAGUGGAAGGUAAGUUCUCUUACCGCCACCUUCUACCUGCUUCCAGUACAAAUUCCAGAGUCUAGCUCCUUCCCUCAGUCUUUAUUCUCUGGUUAGGAAGUCUUUAUAUUCAGGCCCCCUCUCUUUUAUUCAGCCAUUCUUACCUGCUUUCUCUUUGCCCGUUCACAGGUCAUAGGAGUGCAAUGAGGGUGCGCUUUAUUAUCCUUUGGGGAAAAGGGAAAUGAUUUGUAGAGUUGGAAGGACAACUAGUGAGUGACUUCUCCCUAUAUCCCUGUCUACCUCACAAGGGCCUUUGGUCUGUAAAAAAUAGACUCGAAUACAGGACUACAAUCCCCAUGAGCCUUUGCUCCACUUCCCCAGAAUGCCUUGUAAUCUCACCUGGGCCGAGAUCGAGAAGGGAUUUAAACUGAGGAAAAGGCUUUUGAGGGGUCUUUUGAACUUCCGUUUUGGAGCAGAGGCGUCUCUUCCAUGAUGUGAGGUUAUUUUGUCUAGGCCUCUGGCCUAGACACAUGUUUCUUACUUGUAUAUUCUUAAUCUUUAACCUUUAAUAAACCUCUAAAAAAUAUAAUACUCCUUGCAGAGAGAAACUAAUUUCUACCUGCCUCAGUCUCCCCAUCUCCCCUAAAUUUUAAUCUUUACAGGUCCUCCCUCUCCAAUGGAGUCCACCAGGUUCCAAGUCUGGUGGAAGAUCAGUUCUGGUCCUUGCUUUUUGGAGUGCGAGCCUGGCCCGUCAGAGACACAAAUCUUGAUCCUCUGAUUCUAAAUAUAAGCACGUCUGUCUCUAGAGGAAAUCCAAAGGGAAUGUGGUCCAAUCCCUUCAUCUUAGCUUUGAAAAUAUCUGCUUACAUCAUUUCCCACCAACAACUAAUAGGGUAAAUUGUGUGAAGGUAGAACCUUGGUUAUGGAUUGGCCAAGAUGGAAGAGUGAGGAAUUGAAGAUGAAGGCAAGCUUGUGAAACCCGGUGGUGGAUGGAAGGAUGGUGAUGGCGCUAAGUGUUAGAAGAGGGGUAGGGUUGAGGCUUUGGGGGCUUUGGGGGUCAGUGAUUUCUAUUGAAUUUGAGGUGGUGGAAAAACCGACUUGGGAUUCAGAAUAUUCUGGCUCCAUUUUAGACUAGGCUCUCCCUGAUUCCCUGGGAUUCUGUUUCUUUGGGUAAAUUAUUUUUAUCUCUUUAGGCUUUUAGUUCCUCAUUUGUAAAGCCGGAGGUGUGGGGGAGCAAGUAUUCUUUCAGCAAGGGCCCUUCUAGCUUUUAAUGUUUUGGGUUCAAUCUGUAAGCAAUGAAUAAGCACCUACUAUGUGCUAGGUGGACACCAUAGUGCACAGAGCACUGGGAAGAUUCAUCUUGGUGAGUUCAAAUCCAGCUGAAGACACUGACCCUGAGUAAGUCACUUCACCCCAUUUGCCUCCAUUUCUUCAUGUGUAAAGUGAACUGGAGAAAGGAAAUGACCAACGACUCCAAGAUUUUUGCCAAGAAAACCCCAAAUGGGGUCAUGUCGAAGUUUUAACAUUAACCUGUACCCCUGUUUUGGACCCCCAAGGCAACCUUUAAGAGUAUAAAAGGGGAAAAGCUUAAGAUCUGAAGCUACAAAGGGCUUUUCCCCCAUCCCCUGGCUGAAUGAAGGUGGAGACAAAGCUUUUUUAUUUAUCUGCAAAUAAGCUUGAGAUAGUGUGGCUGAGAGGGCAACUGGGUAGCUCAGUGGAUUGAGAACCAGGCCUAGAGCUGGGAGGUCCUGGGUUCAAAUCUGGCCUCAGACACUUCCCAGCUGUGUGACCCUGGGCAAGUCACUUGACCUCCAUUGCCUAGCCCUGACCACUCUUCUGCCUUGGAGCCAAUACACAGUAUUGAUUCCAAGAUAGAUGGUGAGGGUUUUUAAAGAUAGUGUGGCAGAGAAAAGUGGAUUAAUAGUUAUUCUAAAGGUCUCCUGGCAUCCAGAAGACUCCUUGUCACUGUGAAGUCCAGAAGACCUGCCUCUCAAGUCUACGAGGUUGGAGUGUUCCAAAGAGGCUUGGAAAGGGAAGUCAAGAAAGAGCAUAAAUUAGGAUUCUGGGAGCAAGUAGGAGCUUUCUCCCCUAGAAUGGGAGUGAGUAGGUAUGUGGUUGGGCUAGCCACAUGAGGCUGGUGCCUUCUUUCUCUUGUUGGCUUUUUCUUAUUUAAUAAAUAAUUUUAAAUUAGGAUAGUUUCUAGAGAAUUUUGAUUAUAACUGGCACCACUAAAAUGACUGAACAGUCAAAACUCUGUGCCCCAAGGACUGUGCUCUGUCCUGGGAGUCAAGGAAAGGCACUUUGCUCCCAAAGUGACUCACAGUCAUGUACAGACAAACUAUAGACAAAUAAAAUGGAAAUAACCUCUGAAGGCAGAUGAGCAUUAAGGAGGAUUGGGAAGGCUUCUGGCAGAAGGUGGGAUUUGUUGGCAUUUGAAGGAAGUUAGAGGGAGAGCAUUCUAGGCAUUGGAGUGGCGGAGGGAACAGCAUGAAUAGAUACAAACAUGAACAGAACAUCUUGGAAGAAUGGCACCAGGAGGUAGGAGAAGCUUCAUGCCAGGCAAUGUUUGAGCUAUAAUUUAAAGUGUAAACCUCAAAAUUUCUUAGACUUAUAAAUGUUGGAAAUUUCACCAUUGGGAAAUUUCAUACUUGAAAAAUUUCCUAUUGAUAGUGGGUCUUGGCUAUUGGAAUGUGAAUCCCAUUGGCAUGGGAGGUUCCUUCUCCUACCUUCUUAAGAUUACUUUAGGACAGAAACCCUUUGCUGAACAAUGGAAAGGACUUUGACCUAUGCUUAAGCAUAGAACAGGAAUUUCUUUGAAUCAUGAUUGAUUUUAGAAUUGAUACAAUGGAGAUACUUGGAAUCAAUCUCCACCCUAUUCAGUCCUAACAGGAUUGAGUAAGGGCUGCAGCCUAGAUCAAAGAUUUAAUCAUUUGAAAAUAUGACCUUCAACAGACAUGUGCAAAAGCCAGAAACCUCUGGGCGGUCUUGGGUUAAGCUAGAGCCUCCAUUGGCACAGGGAAAUUGAUGAACAGUGAUUGGUAGAUGUGAGAACUGAGAGGAGGAACUUGGAUGGUUUCCUUAAAGAUAGGGGGUUCUGGAGACUGGAGGGGGGUGGUUUGAGGAGUUUGGUCGGGGUGAUUGCGGUGGACUCGGAGAAGCUUGCUCUGAAGGAAGCUGAAGGUGGGGGCCUCUGAGACUGUUUCUCCAUUUUGGUCACGUGAGUGAUAGGGACUGAUCUCUUUUCUUUGCCCCAGCUAUCUAAGGGCUUGGGCCUUUUGGCCCAGCCUAAACAGAAGGGAUAUUUAAGCCCUAUUCCCUUCUCUCCCUUUUUCUCUCUCUCUAUCUCUAAUUCCUUUCUUGCUCCUAUUGUAAUUAAACUCCAAAAAAGGCUGAUGGCUGACUUGAGUUUUUCAUUUAGGAAUUACAUAGCUGAAUUCCUUGGCGACCUUAAAUUAAUAUAUAUCAGUCUUUUAAAGCGAUUCCCUUGUCACAAAAGGUAGAGAGGGAACGAAGGAGGGAGUACAUUAACAGGAACUUCCCUGGGGGACUGCCAGUGCAAAGAUGGAGAAAAGGAAGAGAGCCUUUUGGGUGAGGAACUGAGAGGUUGUUUGGCUUGUUGAACUCAUUUCCUGUGGGUUCAGUUAUCUCCUGUUAACUUGUAAAAGCACAGAACUAUUAAAGUAGUCAGAAAAGCCAGGUCUUUAGUCAGGAAAGAGCGAUAGGUCCAAUAAUGCUAUCAUAGAGCCAAGCACCCCAAACUACAGAAAACCCUGGACUCUGGGGAGGGUAUCUGGGAGAAUGCACCACUUCAAGGAACAAUAGAACCUGGGGAAGUAUGGUGGAUGGGCAUUACCAUGGCUACAAGGAAAUGAGAAGUCCAGACAGGAUUAUCUGGGAGAGGCUGAUGCUUUACAAUGGACACAAGGGCAAAAUCCAGCCAAGGACUGGGCUACCUGGGAGAGGACUUUGACACAAUGGGAGAAACUACUAGGACAAAAGGGUACUUAACAUUUGACAAGGUCUAUCUGAAAUUGGCAGUCUGGGGCAAACUUGGGAUCUCCACAUUUCAAUUUCACACUCCAUAAGGAUGAGAAUGUAUAGGAUGACUGGCACGCUCGGUGUGAGGGUUUGUUUAAGCCUUUUGAGGACUGUAUCCACCUUUGAUGUCCACUUGCUGCCCAGUGUGCCCAAUGGCCACACACUGUAAAACUGCCUUGUUAGGUUAGAUCAGGUUGAGGGUAAAUAAUGGCCUCAAACCCAUAGAUGAAUUGGGGAGCUGUCUACCCCUGAGCACGGGAAGGUAUCCCCAGGGGGAUGACGUGAUAACAAUUUGUCUCAAUGGUCACCAAGCCUGGAAGCAUGCACUAUGGAGAACUUGGAGCUUGGUCAGACCAAAGAUACCAAGGAUGGUCCAUAGCAUCCAGGGCCAUUGUCAGUUUCUUCUGCUUCUGGUCUUUGCUGACUCAAAGUGAGACUGAUGACUUUGUGGCUCUUCCUCACUUAAAUUCAAUUCAUAUACAAGCAAAAGCCAAUCUACCUCCAUGAAGUCGUUGACCCUCUUCAAAAAUGAAGAACAAACAUUUUCUCUCAUUCUUAAGCCAUAACUUAUUUAGCCAUUCCCCAAUUAUGUGUCCUUUGGUUUCCAGUUCUUUGCCACUGCAAAAAAUAUUUAGCAUUUUUGUACACCCUAAUUAAUUUGUUUUGCUUAUGACCAAUCUCUCCCUUAAUCUAUACUCCAUCUAAUUCCUUCUUCUAUCUUUCACCCUUUACCUCCGAUUUCUUUAAGUGAAAUAUAUUUCUGUGCCUAAAUCUAUAUGGGUAUUCUUCCCUCUUUUGACUGAUUAGAUGAGUGAGGUUCAAAUGUUGCCUGCUUCCUCCACCCCUUUUUCCUUACUUUUAUACAUGUUUACUUGUCACCCCUAUUAUAUGAGAUAAUUUCCCUUCUUCUGCCCUUCCCUUUUCAUUCUUUUUUUUUAUGAUCAAAGCAUAAAAUCAAGAUGACAGAAUGAAUUCUAAGCCUUUUGUCUAAUUAGAUUCUUGUGCCCUAUGCACAGAAGGGCUCAGAAGAGACAUGCAUCAUCUCAGAAUGUCCCUUAUGAUUUGUUAUGUUUACCUUUUUAUUUUUCUCUUAAUUCCUGUGUUUUCAUUUUAAAGCUUUUACAUGACUUUUCAUCAAAAAUGUUAGGAAAUCUUUCAUUUUCUCCCCUGUAGGAUGUUGCUCAAUUUGAAUUAUUCUUGGUUGUAAGCCCAUAUCCUUUGAAUUCUGGAAUAUCAUAUUCCAAGCUCUCUGGUUAUUCACAUUGGUUGCUGCUAAAAUGUGUGUGAUCCUGAUGGUAGUUCCUUAGUACUCAGGAAUUCACUUCCUAAAAGGAACCAGAAAUGAAAGCUACUAGGAAUAUGUUAGCCAAAAUCCAGUUUUCUGGGAAUAGAAAAGAUGCUACUUAAAAGAAUCUGGAAAGAAAUCCACAGUGGAUUAUUUGUAUUUCUAAGAGAUCUGGCCAGGGCGUUUGUUUUUUUUAAUUUCUUUUUUUAAACCCUUACCUUCUGUCUUGGAGUCAAUACUGUGUAUUGGCUCCAAGGUAGAAGAGUGGUAAGGGCUAGGCAAUGGGGGUCAAGUGACUUGCCCAGGGUCACACAGCUGGGAAGUGUCUGAGGCCAGAUUUGAACCUAGGACCUCCCGUCUCUAGGGAUGGCUCUCAAUCCUACCUACCUGCUACCUAGCUGCCCCCUUUUAAUUUCUUUAAAUUUUUUUAGUCCAAGCUUUCAGGUAGUCCAAUGACAAUUUUUUUCCUUCGUCUAUUUUCCAGAUCAGUUGUUUUUGUGAUAUUUUCUUCUGUUUUUCAGGCUUUUUGUGCCUUUUGUGUCAAGCAUUUCUGCCUCUCUGUAAAUCCCUCAGUUGGAGCUGAAGCUAUACCUAGUGUAUUUAAGGUCUGAAACAGAUAAAGGAGAGAGAAAAGCUGAAUCUCUAAGGAUGUUAAAAUCUGUUCUGUACCGAUUAUGCCAAUUUUAUGGUGGCAGACACCCUGAGGGAAUACUGAGGUACCAGAGAAAGAAGGGCAGUUCAUGCCAGCAUGUAUGUGUAUAAAUUUGGGUAAAUUUUCAUAUGUGUAAAUUUCUUAAGGUUAAUUGGGGAAAUUUACUCAUGAGAGUGAUCUUCCUUGGUGGCAGCAGGAGGAAUGAAUAAUGGAUCCCUGUACCCACCCACAGAUCAGACCAGGUAUUAUGUAGAGGUAAGACAAAGAGGGCAUGGUGCCAGGUAUGACUCAGGGCCAUGUGGAAGUUUUCCCAAGGGAUAGUUAAAGGUUCUUUUCUGUUUACAUUAGUUUAUAGUCAUCUACUUUAACUGUGAGGCUUAAGAUCACAUUCCAAUUCUCUGGUUCCCACCAUCCACUCCAUCCCUCUGCACCUGCUCCAACAGUAUCUUUCACAGAUUUCCCAUGAGGGAACAGCAAUGGUUUUGUUUCAUGGAGGGAGCAAAGGACCUAAACAAUGAGUUACUUUGGACACACUUUUCACAACAGCAAUACAAGUAGGGAAAUGUUAUAUUUAAAAUUAUAGCUCCCAGUCAUAUUUUCCAUAAAGUUUAUUAAUAAUCACUUGAGAUGAUGAUAAAGUCUCUUCCUUACUCUUAAGUUCUGGCCACAUGUGGCCUAUUCUCCAAGAAUCCCUCCAGCCCAGCUUCCAUGCCAAAGACCCAGGUGGACUCUGUCCACUCUUAUUGACGUUCAUGGACUUUCUGGUGAAUGUUGACAAAUUGGGCCGGCCCUCCUGGAGGGGGGAGGGGAUGAACUUCCCUUGACACAGAAACAAUGUACCCAAUAAGAAAAUUACCACAAAUUUUUUCUUCCCUUUUUAAAAAAAUUACAUCUAAAAACUAUUUUUGACAAUUGUUUUCUGACAUUUUGCUAUUGGGAGUCUCUCACUCCCUCUGAGGCAGUAAGUAGUCUGAUAUAGGUUAAUAUCAGUGUUUUCAUGCAAUAUAUAUGUAAGUAUUUCCCAUGCUAUGACAGAGGACACAUCACACAGACAAUAAAAAAUUUAUGAAGGAAAUAAAAGAAGACAUGCUUUGAUUUGCAAUCCAAUUCCAAUAGUUGCCUCUAGCUUUUAUCAUGAGUCUCUUAGGGUUUGCUUGGGACCUUGUUUGCUGAUAAUUUAGUCCCUAGUUGACCACAUAAUACUCCUGCCACUGUAUACGCUGUUUUGGUUCUUCUCACUUCAUUUUGCAUCAGUUUCAUAUAAGUCUUAAGUUUUUCUGAUCUCAUCCUGGUCAUCAUUUAUAGCAUGAUAUUCCAUUACAACCCUAUGCCCCAGUUUGUUGAGCCAUUCCCUAUACCCCCUUGUCUGAUUAUUUCCCACUAAAAAAAGAGCUGCCAAAAAUAUUUUUGUAUAAGUAGGUCCUUUUCCUCUAUCUCUGAUCUCUUUGAGAUAAAGACACAGUAGUGGUGUUGGGUCAAAGAGGAAGCAUAGUUUGAUGACCCUGGUUUUCUAUUGCUCUCAAUUCAUAGUUCUACCAGCAGUAUAUUAGUGUUGCAGUUUUCUCACAUCUCCAAAGUUUUCCUUUUUGAUCGUGUUAACCAAUCUGAUAUGUGUAAGAUGGUAUUUUAGAGUUUUAAUUUACAUUUCUCUAGUCAAGUUAUUUUGAGCAUUUUUUUUUCACAUGUCUGGAUAGGUUUAAUUUUCUGAGAACUGCCUGUUUAUAUCCUUUGACCCUGUAGCAACUGGGAAAUGCUUUGUAUUAAAAAUUUGAGAGAUGAAAGCUCAAAGACAUUUGCGAUGAAAAUUUUUCCUGAAAUGUGUUUCUCUUUUCAUCUUGGUUGCAUUGGUUUUGUUUGUACACAACCUUUUAAAUUAAAUCAGUUCUCCAUUUUUCAUAAUGUUCUCUAUGUCUUGUUUAUAAUUUCUCCCCUUAUCUGUAAAAUCUGACUGGUAAAUGUUUCCUUUUCCCCCUAAUUUUUUUGUGGUAUCACCCUUUAUUUCUAGACUUUAUCUUGGUGUAUGGUAUGAGAUGUCGGUCUAUUCCUAGUUUCUUCUAGUAGUUUUUCCAGUAAUUUUUGUCAAAUGCAGUUAUCCCUCACUAUAUCUUAGUUUACUUGUCACAGCUUCACUGUAUUGCAAGUUUUGUUUUUU